CGCUCCCUGUGGCCCGUAUCAACUGCUCCCUUUUCCUUCCUACCGUACAUACCGUACUUAUCGCUGCUCACGACACUCACGAUUCUACACAAUUGAACCCCUUUCCCGACCCUCCCCCGACGCAGCGACAGCGACAGCACUCACACUCCCACUCCCACGAUGUGGCUCUCAGACACGCAAAAAUUCGGCGCAGCCUUCCUCGGCGCGUCCCUGCUCUUCUUCAUUCUGGGACUGACACUAUUCUUCGACCGGGCGUGCCUGUCUAUGGCGAACCUGCUACUUUUGUGCGGAAUAACGCUGUUGAUGACGCCGCGGCGCACGCUGUCCUUCUUCGUGCGGAAGGAGAAGUACCAGGGCAGCGCGUUCUUCUUCCUUGGCAUCGCCGCGAUCUUGAUGCGUUGGACUAUCACCGGCUUCGUGCUCGAGCUCUACGGUAUCUUUAAACUGUUUGCGGACUUCUUUGGCGUCAUUGUGGGCUUUGUCGCUGCCGUCCCCGUUGUCGGGCCGUAUCUCGAGGGCCCGUUGAGGAGGGUUACAGGCGCGGCGCAGCAGUUGCCCGUGUAAACUGUGCGGGUGUAGGGGUGUAUCAUAGAUUUCUUUCGGAUCUGGAUGGUGAGGAAUGGGGGAUAUGGACGCGGCGGGAUAGUGUACGGAUACAUACCAACGGCGUACGCUGGGACGGGAUAUACGACGAUAAUGUUUAAUAAACGCAAUAGAAUACAAACUUACUUGAGC